GUUCAGAUCAGAUAUUGACGUGAUAUGGUCAGGGAGAAGGUCAGCUACGAACUGGAGGUUUGCUUACUAUUUUUCUGCUGUAAAAUGUAAUGUACAUCACCGGAUUGAAUAUUUGGAUGGGAGAGGGAAUAUUCUAAUGUAAUUUUCUCUGACUGUUGUUGCUGAUGGCACCUGCCGAUGCGGAACUGGAUAUCUGCAAGGAUGACGAGAAAAACACAUCUGCGGGAGUGAAGAUGAAUCCUUAGCUACUCUUCCUCUUAAAAUAUCUGCAUGAAAAGAAAUCUCAUAGGCUGUUAAUAACACUUUUACACUCCUCUCCUCAAGAUUUCACUGAUCACCAGACAGGCCUUGAACAUACUGCUGACAUGUAAAUGUGUUUGAGACUUGCUGCUGAACAUUAUGUAGCACUGACGUGUUGGGAAUAUAACAACGCUUCCCAUAAAGGAAUUCUUUUGCACUUCAUGUACGGAAUCUGAGUUAAAAACAUCAGAACAGUAGAAACCUGGGAAUCUCCAACACUCCUGGAACAAAGAGGGAAUUUCCACUGCAGAGCACUGAUGGUCGGCGGAGCUCUUAGGAUCUAAUCCUCGUCGUAAUACGAUGGAUAAGGUAGAACAGAUCCUGUCAGAGUUCAGGCUGAAUAAGGAAGAGCUCAAAGAAGUCAUGAAGAGGAUGCAGCGUGAGAUGAACAGAGGGCUGCGUUUAGAGACACACGAAGAGGCCAGUGUCAAAAUGCUUCCAACUUAUGUCUGCUCCACUCCCGAGGGAUCAGAGGUUGGUGAUUUCCUGGCUCUGGACCUGGGGGGAACGAACUUCCGCGUGAUGCUUGUGAAGGUGGGUGCAGAUGAGGAGAGGAGCUGGAAGGUGGAGACCAAGAACCAGAUGUACUCCAUCCCUGAAGACGCCAUGACGGGCACUGCUGAAAUGCUUUUUGACUACAUAGCAGAGUGCAUGUCAGACUUCUUGGACAAACAUCAUAUCAAGCACAAGAAGCUUCCUCUGGGUUUUACCUUCUCCUUUCCUGUACGACAUGAGGACCUUGACAAGGGUAUUCUGCUGAACUGGACCAAAGGCUUCAAGGCUUCUGGAGCAGAGGGGAACAAUGUUGUGGGUUUACUCAGAGAUGCUAUCAAGAGACGAGGGGACUUUGAAAUGGACGUGGUUGCCAUGGUGAAUGACACAGUAGCCACCAUGAUUUCCUGCUACUAUGAGGAUCGCAGCUGCGAAGUUGGGAUGAUUGUUGGUACUGGCUGUAAUGCAUGUUACAUGGAGGAGAUGAGGACCGUAGAGUUGGUCGAAGGGGAGGAGGGCCGGAUGUGUGUGAACACAGAGUGGGGGGCAUUCGGAAACAACGGGGAGCUGGAGGAGUUCAGGCUGGAGUACGACAGAGUGGUGGACGAGACCUCGAUUAACCCCGGGCAGCAGCUAUACGAGAAGCUGAUCAGCGGGAAGUACAUGGGCGAGCUGGUCAGGCUUGUUCUGAUGAAGCUGGUGAAUGAAGAUCUGCUGUUUAACGGUGAAGCGUCAGAGCUGCUGAAGACACGUGGCAGCUUUGAGACGCGCUACGUCUCACAGAUAGAGAGUGACACUGGGGACAGAAAACAAAUCUACAACAUCCUGUCCUCGCUGGGUGUGCUGCCGUCAGAGCUGGACUGUGACAUCGUGCGUCUGGUCUGUGAGAGUGUUUCCACUCGCUCCUCUCACAUGUGCGGCGCAGGGCUUGCUGGUGUGAUUAACCUGAUGAGGGAGCGACGUUCUCAGGAGGCCCUGAAGAUCACAGUGGGGGUUGAUGGAUCUGUCUACAAGCUGCACCCAUGUUUCCGUGACAGGUUCCACAAAAUCGUCAGGGAGCUCACGCCACACUGUGAGAUCACCUUCAUCCAGUCAGAGGAGGGGAGCGGUCGCGGAGCCGCCCUUAUCUCAGCAGUGGCCUGCAAGAUGGCUGCGUGCAUGCUGACACAGUAAGAGGAGCUGUGAAGCAAGCCUGAACUCUGAUCUGAGAACACUGAUGACAUGCUCAUUCACAGUCGGCAGCUCUUGCCUGUUUCAGGCUCUGAAGGAUGUGUGUCAGCAAACGGGACACUCACAGCUGGAAGAUGUACAGACAAGAACGCAACUUGUAUUAUACUGUAUUUGGUAGUGAUAGGCCAACUUGUAGCAGUUUCAGUGGUUUUGAACCUGUGUAUCACUGCCUGUUGAUAGUGUUUGGGUAUGCAAACAGCUCAUUUCAAAAAUGGCUGAUGUAUUUUUGAUGAUAUAUUAUAAGACCUGUGCAAACUACUACUCAAGUAAAACACAAGGAUGCUUUUUGUAAAUGCUGUUGUAAACUAAAUCAAAUUCAUUGCUUUACCAUGUUGUAAUUCCUGUUUGUGAGUAAUGAAAUAUUUCUCCUGUAUUGUAUAUUUAAAUUGUUAUGUUUACAACUUUAUGUGUGUUAGCCAGUAGCAUUUAGUUUUGAAUAAUGUGAAUAAUGAAAUGUGCUUUGGAUGUGAAUAAACUUAACUGUAAAUAAAAGUACUUUAAAUGAA